AUGGAUGUAGAGGAGAGGGUGGUUAAGCUUCCCCAAAAAUCUGCAUGGGCAUCGGCAUCUGUUGAGCAGCGAAUCAUGCAAAAUAGAGUUCAGGGCACAUGUGCAUUGGUCGUUCUUGCUUUUCUUCUAUGCAUAUCAAAUGCGCAAACAUCCUCAGCAGCUAUCACCACCACAAAAACUUCACGCAAAACCUACACAGACUACCUAAAAACAGCUUGCAAUUCUACCACAUAUCCACAGCUUUGCUUCAAGUCCCUCUAUUCUUACAGCUCCACCAUCAAAACCAAUGAUCUCAAACUAUGUAACGCAGCAUUAACUGUGUCCCUCGAAGCUGCUCGCAACACAUCAAAAUUAGUGAAAAGUUUAUCAAAGCGAAGGGGGCUGAGCAAGAUUGAAGCUGCUGUUAUUGAAGAUUGCGUUGAACAAAUUACAGACUCCAUUGAUGAGAUCAAGCAGUCUUUGAAGGUUUUAGGCAGCUUAAGUGGUUCUGAUAAACAAAUUCAGAUUGAUAACAUAAAGACAUGGGUCAGUGCCGCGAUAACGGAUCAGAACACCUGUACAGAUGGAUUUGAUGGCAGGAAGAUAAGUCAUGCAGUGAAGAGCACGAUCAGUAAAAGUAUAGUGAAUGUUGGUAGGCUGACUAGCAAUGCUUUGGCUCUUAUAAAUAAACUAAGUUACUAG